ACCAACAAAUUAAAAAAUGGCAACCACCAGUAAACUUCAAUUAGCCAUCCUCCUGCUCCUUGAUCUAUUAUAUCUAUCACUAACUGAAAUCUCCCAUGAUCAGACACCUCCUGGCAUAGCCAUUUACUGGGGCCAAAAACUAAAUGAAGGAACCCUAACAGACACCUGUUCCACGGGCUUAUAUUCCUACGUUAACAUCGCCUUCCUCCAAAACUUCGGCAACAGCAGAACCCCCGAACUUAACCUGGCAGCUGGGUUGCCGGCAGACAUUAGCACCCACAUCAAGAAUUGCCAAGAACUCGGAAUCAAGGUCUUGCUGUCGAUCGGCGGUUCUUCCAGCGCCUAUUCUUUAACAUCUAUGGCCGAUGCCAAAAACUUUUCAGAUUAUUUAUGGAACAACUUCUUGGGUGGCCUUACAGUUUCCCGACCCUUCGGAAAUAUCAUAUUGGAAGGUAUUGAUUUUUACGUAGAGCAAGGUUCUGAUCAGUAUUAUGAUGAUCUUGCUAGGUUUUUAUCGGAAUAUAGAAGUGAAGGAAUUAAACGGGUAUAUCUAUCUGCAUCUCCUAACUGUCCAUUUCCUGAUAGUCAUCUACGAGCUGCUCUGAACACAGGCCUUUUCGACUUUGUUUGGGUUAAGUUUUACGAUAAUCCAUCAUGUCAAUAUAGUUCUGCAAAUAACAAUCUUAUUUCUUCAUGGAAUCAAUGGACUACAUCGAUAGUGGCAAAGAAUAUAUUUCUGGGUUUACCAGCUUCUUCUUCAGCAGCCAAGAGUGGGUAUAUUCCGCCAUCUGUUUUAACUUCUUUGAUUCUUCCGGAGAUAAAGAAGACGCCGAAUUAUGGAGGAGUGAUGCUUUGGGAAAGAUAUGAAGAUAUUUUGAAUGAAUAUAGUCAGGCCAUUAGAAAACAUGUUAAGCAGGAAGAAAAGAAUGGAGAUCUUCUAUUUACUAUAUAGGUAGAUAUAGAUAUGCGUGUUAGGAUUUUCUAGCUUCUAACUUCAAGUAUGUGUCAUGUAAAAUAAGGCACAGAGAUUGAAUAAAGAAUCUUACAUCUGCCAAUUUUCCUAUAUGUAUUCUUCCACAUGAUGGCUUCAUUUUUUUUCUUCCUCCGCG